AUGGUGCGAGCGCCCUCGCCUUCUUCUCUCCUCUACGCUCUGCUGCUCGUCGUGACCGCGCUGGUCGGGCAGUACCCGGCGGGCUCGCUGCGGGUGGCGACGGCGCAGACCGUGGCGGCGCCGGUGCCGGUCCGCGUCGGGGUGAUCCUGGACUGGUCGACCAAGGCGUCGUCGGCGGUGUCGCUGAGGCGGCGGACCGGCAUUCAGAUGGCGGUGGAGGACUACUACGCGGCGCACCCGGGCUCGGCCACCAGGGUGGAGCUCCACUUCAGCGACUCCAAAGGGGACGUCGUCGGCGCCGCUUCCGCCGCGCUGGACCUGAUCAAGAACGCGCAGGUGCAGGCCAUAAUCGGGCCCAAGACGUCGGCGGAGGCAGAGUUCGUGGCCCACCUCGGCAGCCGCGCCCACGUCCCCGUGCUUUCCUACUCCGCCACCUCCCCGUCCAUCACCUCGACGCAGACGCCCUACUUCGUGCGCACCGCCGCCAAUGACUCCUUCCAGGCCACCCCCGUCGCCUCCGUCCUCGCAAGCUUUGGAUGGCGCGCGGUGGCCGUCCUGCACGAGGACUCGCCCUUCGGCGCCGGCAUCCUCCCAGCGCUCGCCGACGCACUCCAGAGCGUCGAUAGCGCGGCGAUUGUGGACCGCGUGGCCGUGCCGAGCAGCGCGGACGAAGAUGCGCUUGAUGCGCUCCUUUACCGCCUCAAGGCGAUGCCGACGCGUGUGUUCGUCGUGCACGCCUCGCACAGCCUCGCCGCGCAGCUCUUCCGGCGAGCCAGCAAGGCCCAGAUGAUGUCCGACGGCUACGCCUGGGUCGCCACCAACGGCGUAGGCAACUUCGUGGACAGGUUCGACCCCGAGGACCUCGACUCCAUGCAGGGCGUCGUCAGCCUCCGUCCUCACGUGGCGUACACGAACCAAGUCAAGAACUUUUCUGCGAGGUUCAGGGCGAGGUUCCGGAGGGAGAACCCGGCCUCCAACGAUGACGUCCUCAACGACGCCACUGUGACGGGGCUCUGGUCGUACGACACGGCGUGGGCGAUCGCCGCGGCAGCCGAGGCGGCCAGCGUCCCCAGCCCAGCAUUUCGGACACCGCAGAAUAGCACGGCACGUACAGACCUGGACAAGCUCGGCGUGUCGACCACCGGAGAGGCGCUUCUUAGGGCGAUUCUCAACACGACGUUCGACGGGAUGGCAGGCAGGUUCAAGCUGGUGGACGGGCAGCUGCAGGUCGCGGCGUACGAGGUCGUGAACAUCAUCGGGAACGGCGCGGUGACGGUAGGAUUCUGGACACCGGAGUCCGGCAUCUCGCGGGACCUUAAAGACGGCAGCGGCAAGGCUGCGCGGCAGCUGAAACCCAUCCUUUGGCCGGGCGAGAUGUUGUCCCCGCCGAGAGGCUGGACGCCGUCGCAGAACGGGCGGGUGCUCAAGGUCGCCGUACCGGUGAAGCACGGGUUCAAGCAGUUCGUGGACGUCCUCAUCUCCGACAACUCGACGACACCGAAGAUCACCGGGUACUGCAUCGACGUGUUCAACGAGGUGAUGAAGAACCUGUCCUACCCGGUGAGCUACCAGUACGUGCCGUUCCCCGACAGCCCGGACUCGUACGAGAUGCUGGUGGACCAGGUGAGUGGGAAGAAGGCGGACAUCGUGGUCGGGGACGUGACGAUCACGGCGAGCAGGAUGGAGGAGGUGGACUUCACGAUGCCGUUCACGGAGUCCGGGUGGGCCAUGGUGGUGGCGACGGAGCCGGACACGAGCGGCAGCAUGUGGAUCUUCCUGCAGCCGCUCACCACCAGCCUUUGGCUCGCCAGCCUCGCCUUCUUCUGCUUCACCGGCUUCGUGGUGUGGGUCAUCGAGCACCGCGUCAACCCGGAGUUCCGGGGCACGCCGUCGCAGCAGUUCGGCCUCAUCUUCUACUUUGCCUUCUCUACCCUCGUCUUCUCACACAAGGAGAAGCUGGAGAGCAACCUGUCGAGAUUCGUGGUGAUCAUAUGGGUGUUCGUGGUGCUAAUCCUGACAUCGAGCUACACGGCGAGCCUGACGUCGAUGCUGACGGUGCAGCAGCUCCGACCGACAGUGACAGACGUGAAGGAACUCCAGAGGCGCGGUCAGUACAUCGGGUACCAAGAGGGCACCUUCAUCAAGCCAAGGCUCAAGAAGAUGGGCUUCCACGAGCGAAAGAUGAGAAAGUACAGCUCGGAGGAGGAGUACGCCGACGCGCUGUCCAAGGGCUCGGCCAACGGCGGCGUGGACGCGGUGUUUGACGAGAUCCCGUACCUCAAGUUGUUCCUGUCGCAGCACUGCGACGGGUACAUGCAGGUGGGACCUGUGUACAAGACGGACGGCUUCGGGUUCGUCUUCCCAAGGGGGUCUCCCAUGACAGGAGAUGUGUCACGGGGCAUCCUAAACCUGGCUGAAGGGGACACGAUGGCGCAGAUUGAGAAGGCGUGGUUCGGCGAGCCUGGCACUUGCCAGAAUGCGCUGGGCGGCAUCGGCAGCGUCGGCGGCUCGUCGAACCUCAGCUUCUGGAGCUUUGGCGGGCUAUUCCUCAUCACCGGCGUCGUCUCCAGCCUCAUGCUGCUGCUCUACCUCGCCAUCUUCGCCUACCGCGAGCGCGAGGAGCUCCGGGAGGCGGAGGCGAGGGCUGAGGCUGAGGCCGGCUCCGGGAGCGUGUCGGUGCGGAGGCUGCGCGCGUGGCUGCAGCACUUCGAUAGGAAGGACCUCAAGUCACCCACCUUCAAGGUGUGGAACGACGAGUCCGUAAGAAACGGCAGUGACUUUGCGGGUAGGACGCCAAGAUGGAACGACAGUGCUGGCGACGCUAGUAUGACGCCGAGGGCCAGCGGGGAGGAACACGCCAUGGGAGGGACGACCCCGCUGAGCGUGUACAUCAGCUCCGAGAUGAACGCCGGCUCUUCGCCGGAGGGGACACCAGUAUCAGAGAUCAGUGAGUCAUUCGAGAAGAGGAUCGAGGGGGCAACAAACCGUUGUGGAGGUGACAAGGCCAGCGGCCUCUCGGUUGCAGCAGUAGAUUCUGCUAUCUCCGUUGCUAAAUAUAAGUAUUUUUAA